AUGCCGUCGCCUCCCCUCCGACUCGCCAUCGUCGGGGCGGGCGCGGCGGGGCUGGUGGCCUCCCACGAGCUACGCCGCGAGGGCCACACGCCCGUCGUCUUCGAGCGUGCCGUCGCCGUUGGAGGCACCUGGCUCUACAUGCCCCCCGCCAUGUCCUUCGACCCACGCGCGGUCGGCGCCACGGUGACGCACUACUCCAGCCUCUACGCAUCGCUCCGCACCAACUUGCCACGCGAGGCCAUGGGAUUCCUCGACUUCCCCUUCGCCGCUGGCGCCGCGUUCCCCGGGCACGAGGAGGCCCUUCGGUACCUGGAGGCGUUCGCGCGGCAGUUCGAUCUGCUCCGGCUCGUCCGCUUCCAGACGGAGGUGGUCAGGGUGCGCAGGUGGAGCGACGGGAGGUGGGCGGUGACGUCUAGGAAGCUUGGAGAGAAGGGGAGCAGCGUCGGCAAGGAGAAGUUCUACGACGCCAUCGUGGUUUGCAAUGGCCACUACACGGAGCCACGCAUCGCCGCUAUUCUCGCUAACUACCUGUAUGAUUUCCCUUUCCUUGGAGAUGACAGCACUAUCACCGUGGAUGACAACCGUGUCGAUCCACUAUACAAGCAUGUUUUCCCACCGGAAGUGGCUGCUCAACUGUCCUUCAUCGGAUUGCCGUUGAAGGCUAUUCCUUUUCCACUAGUUGAACUCCAAAGUAAGUGGGUUGCUGGAGUUCUAUCUGGAUGGAUCAAGCUUCCAUCUAAAGACGAAAUGAUGGAAGAUGUGAAAGCUUUUUAUUCAAAACUACAAGCAUGUGGAUGGCCUAAGAGAUACACACAUAACUUAUCAAAGUGUCAGUUUGAGUAUGAUGAUUGGCUUGCUGAGCAAUGUGGCCAUCCACCAAUCGAAGAAUGGAGGAAGCAGAUGUUCACUAUUAAUUUAAAGAACAAGACAGCUCGUCCUGAGAGUUUUCGUGAUGAGUGGGAUGACUAUCAUCUAGUGGCUGAAGAAAAUGAAGAUUUCAAUAAAUUCUUAUAA